AUGGCCGCGAAUGACUCAGUGGUACAGCACGUGUCUAAAGUACAAAAUAUGGCCAGGCAGCUUACGGAUGUUUGUGAGGUUGUAUCAGACAUGGCUAUAAUGGCGAAAGUUUUGGAGAGCCUGCCUAUGAAAUAUGGAGCUCUGAUUACAGCCUGGGACAGCGUGAAACCCGCUUCACAAACCAUACAUGGACUGCAAGAACGACUAAUAAAGGAGGAAAGCAGAUUAUCUCGAGAUGAUGAAUUGGCAAGUGCGUUGGCCGCUGUAACAGUUAAGAGCAAGAAAAAGCAAGAUAGUGUCUUACAGAAGGAGAAAAAAACCCAGCAAAAUGACUCGGCUGGUAUAGAGUGUUUUUACUAUAAGAAAAAGGACCACAUAAAGAGAUUUUGUAGAAAGUGGAAACGAGAUGGGAAACCUGGAAAAGGCGGAGAGAAGAGGAGUGACGACUCGGAUACCUGUGCUUUUGUGAUCACGCACUCGGAAGAUAAUCGUAUGGGAAGUAGCGACAAGCUCAAGACAGGUGGCACUGUGACAGACGAACAAAUAAGCUACCUACUGAACCAGAAGACAGAAGAUGUCUGGUUGACAGACAUAGUGCAAUCAGAUGAGGCAAAUAUGUCGUCAGUGGUGGAUCUGAAUGUAUGGCACGAACGUUUGGGACAUGUGAAUCAUCGUUCUCUCUGUCACAUGGCAGAUAAAGAUUAUGUUCAUGGACUGAAAUUCAAGCACAAAAGCAAUUCCUUCUGCGAAACGUGUCAGUUUGUAAUUCAAGAGACUAGUUGUGAAUCAGUUUGGGCAUUCUACAAAAGUGUUAAGAGUGGACAAUGGAAGAGACAAAAUGGGAGAAUGGAGCGAGACAACCGAACUAUAGUGGAGAGUGCGCGCUCCAUGCUGAUUGCAUCGAAGCUCCUCAAGGCGUUGUGGGCACAGGCAAUAAAUACCGCUGUUUAUGUACUAAAUCGGACAACAUCGACGCAAUCAUCAGAAGCUACUCCAUAUGAAAGGUGGACAGGCAAGAAACCGAGCUUGGCCCACAUACGUAUUUUUGGAUCUGAUGUCUAUGUCUACAUACCUGAACAGCAAAGGGACAAGCUCGAUUCAAAAGCGAAGAAGUUGAUACUAGUCGGCUAUCAGGGUGAGUCCACGAACUAUCGACUUUAUGAUCCACAAAAGAAGCGAGUUUUUGUUGCGAGAGAUGUAAUAUUCAAUGAAAGAAGAAACUGCUCCAGCCCAAAAAGGUCGACAGGUAGUCUAAUCAAGCUGCCAGACCAAAAACACGAGCAGAUUGAAGACGGGGAUGAAAGCCGACGACAUGAAGCCGUUCUAGAAAAGAUAAUAAGCGAUAAGGAGAAUGAGUCGUCGGAUGACACCUAUCAUUCGCCUGACGAAGAUUCACGUCAGCUACGUGAUCGCACCCAGAUAAAGCGACCGGCAAGAUUUGAAGUAAACCUUACAGAGUGUAAUGAGCCUUUAAGUUACAGAGACGCCAUAUCUAAAUCGGAUGCUAAAAAAUGGGUCAAGGCUAUUGCAGAGGAACUAGAUGCACACGAGAGGAAUGGAACAUGGACUUGUUCUCCAAGAACCAGGCCAAACUCCGAUUGA